CACAAUCCUCUGCGGCCGGCCCGCGUCCCUCGCUCAAGAUGGCGCUGCUACCUGUACCUUGUUGGCGCUGGGCGGCGGCGGCGGCGGCUUUCGGCAGACGUCGGCAUUCGGCGAUUCUGGUCAGGCCGCUAGUGUCUGUCUGCGGUCCGGUCCUGCGAAGGCGCGCACGAGCCCUUGGCGCCGUGGGGACCCCUGGACUCUGCCAGAUCCAAGAGUCAGUAAACUACAGUACAUGGCAGAGAUUGGGGAAAGACAAUUCUGAGCAGUUAUUAGAUACUACAAAGGCUUUCCAAGCAUGGCCGUUGGUAGAAAAGAGGACAUGUUGGCAUGGUCAUGCAGGAGGAGGACUCCACACUGAUCCAAAAGAAGGGCUAAAAGAUGUUGAUACUCGGCAAAUCAUAAAAGCAAUGCUUUCUUACGUGUGGCCCAAGGACAGGCCUGACCUACGUGCCAGAGUUGCCAUUUCCCUGGGUUUUUUGGCUGGUGCAAAGGCCAUGAAUAUUGUGGUCCCCUUCAUGUUUAAACAUGCUGUAGACAGCCUCAACCAGAUGUCGGGAAACAUGCUGCACCUGAGUGAUGCACCAAAUACAGUUGCAACCAUGGCAGUAUCAGUUUUGAUCGGCUAUGGUGUAUCAAGAGCUGGUGCUGCCUUUUUUAAUGAAGCUCGAAAUGCAGUAUUUGGCAAGGUCGCCCAAAAUUCAAUUAGAAGAAUAGCCAAAAAUGUCUUUCUCCAUCUUCACAACCUGGAUCUUGGAUUCCACCUAAGCAGACAGACAGGAGCUUUAUCUAAGGCUAUUGACAGAGGAACAAGGGGCAUCAGUUUUGUCCUGAGUGCUUUGGUAUUUAAUCUUCUUCCCAUCAUAUUUGAGGUGACUCUUGUCAGUGGUAUUUUGUAUUAUAAGUGUGGUGCCCAGUUUGCCCUGGUGGCCCUUGGAACGCUUGGUGCAUACACAGCCUUCACAGUGGCAGUCACACGGUGGAGAACUAGAUUUAGAAUAGAAAUGAACAAAGCCGAUAAUGAUGCUGGUAAUGCUGCCAUAGACUCACUGCUGAAUUAUGAAACUGUGAAGUAUUUUAAUAAUGAGAAAUAUGAAGCACAGAGAUAUGAUGGAUAUUUGAAGACAUAUGAGUCUGCUUCAUUGAAAAGUACCUCUACUCUGGCUAUGCUGAACUUUGGCCAAAGUACUAUUUUCAGUAUUGGUUUAACGGCUAUAAUGGUGCUUGCAAGCAAAGGAAUUAUGGCAGGUACUCUUACCGUUGGAGAUCUAGUAAUGGUGAAUGGACUGCUUUUUCAGCUUUCACUACCCCUUAAUUUUCUGGGAACUGUAUAUAGAGAGACUAGACAAGCACUCAUAGAUAUGAACACCUUGUUUACUCUACUCAAGGUAGACACCAGAAUUAAAGACAAAGCAAUGGCACCUCUCCUUCAAAUCACACCACAGACAGCUAGAGUGGCCUUUGAUAAUGUGCAUUUUGAAUACAUUAAAGGGCAGAAAGUCCUCAAUGGAAUAUCUUUUGAAGUCCCUGCAGGGAAGAAAGUGGCCAUUGUAGGAGGUAGUGGGUCAGGGAAAAGCACGUUAGUGAGACUGUUAUUUCGUUUCUAUGAGCCUCAAAAGGGCAGCAUUUAUCUUGCUGAUCAAAAUAUACAAGAUGUGAACCUGGAAAGCCUUCGGAGGGCAAUUGGAGUCGUGCCUCAGGAUGCUGUCCUCUUCCAUAAUACCAUUUACUACAACCUUUUGUAUGGAAACAUAAAUGCUUUACCGAAGGAAGUGUAUGCAGUGGCAAAAUUAGCUGGUCUGCAUGAUGCAAUUCUUCGAAUGCCGCAUGGAUAUGACACUCAAGUAGGUGAACGAGGACUCAAGCUUUCAGGAGGAGAAAAACAAAGAGUAGCAAUUGCAAGAGCCAUUUUGAAGGACCCUCCAGUCAUUGUCUAUGAUGAAGCCACUUCAUCAUUAGAUUCAAUUACUGAAGAGACUAUUCUUGGUGCCAUGAGGGAUAUAGUUAAACACAGAACUUCUAUUUUCAUAGCACACAGAUUAUCAACAGUAGUUGAUGCAGAUGAAAUCAUUGUCCUAGACCAGGGUAAGGUAGCUGAACGUGGUACCCACCACAGUUUGCUUGCUAACUCUUACAGCAUCUAUUCAGAAAUGUGGCACGCACAAAGCAGUCGUGUGCAGAACCACGGUGAUGCCACAUGGGAUGCAAGGAAAGAAGAUAGAUCCAAAGAGAUUGAGCGGAAGAAACUACAAGAUGAGAUUAUCAACAGCGUGAAAGGAUGUGGAAAUUGUUCCUGCUAAGUCAUAUGACAUAAUGUGUAUGUCUGUCUGUCUGUCUCUCUUUUUUGACAAUACAUUUGCACUGAAACAGAAUUGUUUUAUAGGCAGUUCCCAAAUUAUAAAUGUCCCAACUCUAGUCAACUCCUAGUUGCCCUUUAUUGCAAGGCUUCAAGCCAAUUCUGCCAUGGCUGAGGAGAAGCAAAACAAGUACCCAGAACAAGAAAGAUUAUGGGUCAAAGCCAUGGAGUGGGUGGUUUGGAAAAGGCUUAAGUGACUCAUUUUGAGAGCCCGAGGCAGAGAACAAAUUAUUAGCAGGACUGUGGUCAGUGACACAUAUUCAGAGUAGCAUGAUUGGCCACCAUCUUGGAGCAGAGUGCUGUCAUCUAUGAAGACCUGCUUUCAUGUCAUGUAAAUUUGUCCUGACUUCGAGAUGAAUUUAACAGUCACCUUCACAGUUUUUGAAUCCUUGAAAAGGUUUCAGCUUUUUCUCUUGCACUAAAGUAAGACUAAGUAAGAACAGUACACACCAGGCAAGAUUGACUUACAAAGUCUAGAAGACAAGAUAGGAAUGGAUCUUUUCCAUAACCCAGAAACGACUUGUAUUUUUUAAAAAGCAUACCUUCCCAUUUUCUAUAAUCUUUUUAGAUAAAUUUAUUUUAAAGGAAAUUUUAGUUUUACAUCAUUUCUAAUCUAUUAAAGUGUUACCUAUUUAUUCCCCAAAUAUUUUCUUAUUACUGCUUUGGUUGUGCUCAGUGGAUAAUCUUUGUUACCAUUUGAGUUUACCCGGUUUUCAUUUUUGAGGCCCAAUGCCCACUUGAUGUCCAUCACCAGAUGAAUGAGCUUGGAUUCCAAACCUCUGUAUAGUUUUUUAAGUCCCCUUUAUGCUUACAAUUUUGAUGGAAAGUGUUUGUUUCUUAAAAUUAAAAGAAAAGAGAAAGAAAA